CUUCUAAUCACAUCACAUGAGAUGAUACGAUACAAGAUGUCAUUAUCCUAAUGUAUUGGUAUACUUAAUAGAUAACCUGAUGCGACGAUAACAGACUGUUUCUUCUAAGAGAGUAGCCACUAAGACUAAAUUAGUAUUGCCGAUACGCUUUCUCGUAAUUUUUCAUAGGUUAUGAUGACCACAAUAGAUUUAUUGAUGAAUAAAUUAACUUACUCUACAAUCAUUGAGUACCUACAACACAGUGAGAACAGACAACUACUUACAAACUAAAUCCACAAACUAAAACACAUAUAAAUGUACUAACCCCGAAUACACCUAAAUAUAUAGGUAUUGUUCUUUGUAAUCAUGUUUUUGAAGACAUCGCGGGAGACAUCCUGAAAUAACACGUAUUUGCAGCGACGAUGCGCCCGCGCCGCGGCGCUACCGUCGCGCGCUUAUCCGACGCCAUUUUCACACAAUCCCCGAGCUUUCCCGCACACAGAUCAGUAAGCAUCCCCCGCAGCGGCAGUGUUGCGAGACACGAGUCGUGUCGCAAGCGGUGGUGCCCUUGCACGUGCUGUCCUCACAUUACGUGUCGCUCUCCUACUCUACACGCAUAUCGACAAUCAUUUAAGUGUAAAUCAAGUUAAACAAGAUCCGAUGACACUCAUUCAAAAAGUUCAAGAAGGCAAGGAAGACAUCAUGACUGACAUCACGAUGAAGGAAGAUCUGGCGAAACCUUCGCGACCUGUCAGAAACAGACGAUACACUCGAAGGAGCUUAGUGGCGGGCCAGCGUCCGCAAAAAAGGCUAUUCACACCAGAAAUUAAGCGAUAUCUAAAAGACUGGCUGGUGCGACGAAGAGAUAACCCGUACCCAAACAGAGAAGAAAAAAAAUAUUUGUCUCGCGAAACUGGCCUCACAUACAUACAAAUUUGUAACUGGUUUGCAAACUGGCGAAGGAAGUUGAAAAAUGUCAAUGUGGAUAGAAAUCAGCAAACGUGGGGCCAUCUGAUCCGCACAUACAAUGAUCGCGCACAGGGCAAUGUGGAACAGUUUAGCAUUUGUUCCGACGACAGCAUAUGGAGCGAACCUGAUCCCAACAACCCAGAUGACAACUUAGACCAUGACGAGGACCUAACAGGCAGUCCGGAAACGAUUACAGAAUACCACCACGACGAUUCUGACGCUUCUUCAAAUAUUAAAGACAAGUGUGUUAACUUCAACAAUAACUCCUACAAAUCGGAUGCAAAUGAAAAUAGGAACGAGGAACCAAAAGCGAUCACAAGCCCGAUGUUACUCAGCAAGUGGCUAGAGAGCGCUGCCCGAUUCCAACCAAGUGAGUGUAACUACUCGUGGUGGGCUGAUGGCAAAAGGAGAAAGCCAGAUGCGAAGAUUCAAAGGAUUUCAGUAAACACGAUGUCAAGACAUGACCGGGACGAGGUGGAAGCUGCAGUAGCACUCACUGCUCUAGCAUCUGCUACCAGCCGUAUUUCUGCGCCAUGACACCAUAGACGCAUUUUUUGUUUAUGAUUUUUAAGAAGAAUAAUGUUAGAUACUCUUUGUAAUAGAGUAACUGCCAGUAUAAAUAUUGUUUGUAUUUUUUAGUUAAGUUUACCAACUACGUAAAUAAAAUUUACUAUUACGUAAUGCCAAUGAAAACAGUGUUGCUCAAGUAUUAUUUAAAGUUUAAGUUGAUCGUGGAAGCAAUCCUGCUUGUAUAGUCAUUAACUUUUGAUCUCUAUUGGACUAAGUAGUUAUAAGUCG